AUGGCCGACCCGUACUCGUACAACGAAGCCGCGAUCCGCGCGUACUCGAUCAGCAUCGCCGAGCACACGCUCAAGCAGUACCGCGCGCUGCUCAAGCACCACGACGCGCUCCUGAAGCAGCAGGAGGUCGCGCUGCAGCGCCAGAAGACGCGCUCCGCGUCCGGCCGCGGCACGCCGACCGUGCACGCGCGCGCGCAGCUCGAGAAGAGCGUGCACGACGUCGAGCAGCUCGAGGCGCGCCUGAAGAUGCUCAGAGUAGACGACCGCGAAGCCUCGCCGCCACCUGUCGCGCGCAAAGCGCCCGCUCCGAAGAAGAGUGAACCUGGACGCGGACAAACACGAAGAGUGGCACGAGGAGACGACCGCGGUCUCGCAGACGCCCCCAAGCGCGAAGCCGUCGACAUCGUCGAAGCCUUGAUGGCCCACCUCGGCGCGGCCUUGAUGGCCGACGAGCCUGCCCGUGCGUGUCCAGCAAGAUCAUGCGUGUCGCGGUGA